AUGUUUCUUUACUACAAAAGUUAUGAUGAGGUUUUUGCUAUUGCAAAAUGGUUGCCCGGUUUACGUCAUCUUAAACUUUCUAGAAUUGUGGUUGGCAAUGUUGGAUUACUUGCCAUUCUUGAUGGUUGCCCACUUCUUGAAUCUCUUGAUAUACGGCAGUGUCAUCGUAUAUAUUUGAGUGAAAGUUUGGAAAAAAGGUGCCAUGAACAAAUCAAGGAUUUUCAACUUCCAACUUCCCUCGUUGAUGAUGACAGUUACUAUGCUGAUGAUUAUGAUGGUGACGAUGGUCUAACUUAUAAGAACCCUACAAUUACAUAUUGCGGUGAUGAAUGGAAGUCUAAAGGUUCAUCUACAGUUAAACUUAGAUGGUUAUCAUUGAAGAGUACCAAAUUUUGA